AUGAACGAAACAGCACCAGUAUCAAAAAUAUAUGAUGAAGAAAUUUCAAAAGCACAGUUUUCACCAGAAUUGCUUGCUAGUGUACCACUUAUUCAUGAAAUAGAAUCUGGUUUGAAUUACCCACGACGAAAAUUAACACCAAUUCUUCCAACAUCUGCUGUAUUCGAUAUACCUGAUUCAUAUCACACUACAGCUAGUGGCGAAAAAUUCUUAUUUUGUGAUACAUUUAUUGGUCGUAAAAAACGCAUGUUGCUCUUUGGCAGUCCAAAACAACUUGAAUUAUUAUUUGAUAGCUCGAUCGUCCUGAUGGACGGGACUUUUUCAUCAACACCACCAUAUUUUGAUCAAACAUUCACACUUCACUGCUUGAAAUUCGACUGCAGAUUUCAUAGCAGAUUCAAUCGACGUAUACAACGAGCACACGCAAAUAUUUGGUCAUUUAUAACAUGUCUUGUUGGUGAAGAACGUCAAUUUCAACAUACACAUAUUCGGAUAACUACAGGUGCUCAACGACGACCUAAAUCAAAUGCAGCAGAUGGUAUUCAAAAACGAAUUAAUGUCCUAAAUAAACAGUACAAUCAGCAGAAAAUUGAUGCCGAACAAUUGUUAGAAAGUUUGUCGAUGUUGGUUGGAAAAAAAUAA